AAUUUCCCCUCAUCCAUUCCACAUGCCUUCCAGAUCGCCUUGAAUAGUUUGUACACAGCUCUUUGUGAACAGCAGACAUCUGAUGAAGCAACUCUCCUCUUGUAUACAUUGCUCCAUCAAAAUAGUAAUAUUAGAACAUACAAGUUGGCUCGCACAGAGGAAAAUCUUGUUUUACCAAUUCUUGAGAUUCUGUAUCAUGUUGAAGAAAGGAAUUCUCACCAUGUGUAUAUGGCCCUUAUAAUACUGUUGAUCCUUACAGAAGAUGAUGGCUUCAACAGAUCCAUUCAUGAAGUGAUACUAAAGGAUAUUACUUGGUAUUCAGAACGAGUUUUAACUGAAAUCUCCCUUGGGAGUCUCCUGAUCCUGGUGGUAAUAAGAACCAUUCGGUACAACAUGACUAGGACAAGGGACAAGUACCUUCACACAAAUUGUUUGGCAGCUUUAGCAAAUAUGUUAGCACAGUUUUGUUCUCCCCAUCAGUAUGCUGCCCAGAGGAUCAUCAGUUUAUUUUCUUUGCUGUCUCAAAAACACAACAAAUUUCUGGAACAAGCCACACAGUCCUUCAGAGGUUCACUGAGUUCUAAUGAUGUUCCUCUACCAGAUUAUGCACAAGACCUAAAUGUCAUUGAAGAAGUGAUUCGAAUGAUGUUAGAGAUCAUCAACUCCUGCCUGACAAAUUCCCUUCACCACAACCCAAACUUGGUUUAUGCCCUGCUAUACAAACAUGAACUCUUUGAACAAUUUCGAGCUCAUCCUUCAUUUCAGGAUAUAACGCAAAAUACUGAUCUGGUGAUCACCUUCUUUAGCUCAAGGUUGCUACAAGCUAGAGCUGAGCUGUCAGUGGAACGGGUCCUGGAAAUAAUUAAGCAAGGUGUCGUUGCACUGCCCAAAGACAGACUGAAGAAAUAUCCAGAACUGAAAUUCAAAUAUAUGGAGGAGAAGCCUGAGGAGUUUAUUAUCCCCUAUGUCUGGUCUCGUGUCUACAACUCAGCAGUCGGCUUGUACCGGAACCCUCAGGCCAUCCAGCUGUUCACCAUGGAUUCCGACUGAAGACAGGACGCUCUGCGGCCCGACCCCUCCAGCCAAGCAGCCCUUCACGUCAGUUCAUUUCUGGGUAACAGAAGCAGACAGACAGAUUGCCUGCGGUACCUUCUGUUAAAGAGGAUGGCACAAGUGUGUUUUCCUCAGACACUUUGAUUUGGAGAACUGGUGCCAGUUGGCAGUAGAUCACUCAGCGUAGAUAGUAGUGCAAAAAGGGGAGGAAAUACACAAUAAUAAAUGUAAAAACCUGC